AUAAAACCUACAUUUCUCACCAAAGACUCGCUCAAAAGUUACAACACAUACCUUACCUUUCUCCUUGUUUCUCUCUUCCCCACUGACAUUACCUUUCCCACACGAAACCUAAGAACAAACCCUUUUCUUAUUCCUCAAGCAAUCUACGAAACCAAUCACAAUAUUGCUAAUACGACCGUUAACUCCACAGUCUUCAACAUGUCUAUGCCCACGACCGAAACAAACAAUAUUAAACCAGUCCGCAAUCUCGUUUCAACGCCGGUCACAAUUUUUUUGACCGGUGGUCUUCUCAUCAUUCUCACCAGUUUCUUCUCCUUCUUCUUCUGUGGAUCUUUUCUCAAAAAACUCUUAAACAUUUGGAACAACCUUAGAAACCGAAACCGUCCAAGUAACCUAAUCCAACCCUCUAUUCCCCCUGAACAUGUUGGCCUUGGCUCCAAGAUCAUUCAAUCGUUCCCUGAGUUUCCAUAUUCGGUGAAAGAUCGUGGGAUGGAUCAGUGUUCUAUUUGUUUGAUAGACUUUAUGGAUGAUGACACCAUGAGGCUCAUUUCUACUUGUAAUCACUUCUUUCACACAAUUUGCAUUGAUCUUUGGUUUGAGUCACACAAGACUUGCCCGGUGUGCCGACGCCAGCUUGAUGUAGAACAGACCUCACAAGAAGAGCAGCCGGCUAUUCCUGAAAUUGACUUAGUUACAUCUGAAAGCCAUGAAGAGCGUUUGUCCCGCGACACUUUGACAAUCAUCGUUCACGAGGAGCAUCCUACGACUACUAUUGGUAUUAAUUUAGAUCAAACAGACGAGAUCGAAAACUAUGAAAGGCGAGUGAAAGAGCCGAAUUUGCGGUUUUGGAGGUCACAUUCUACUGGACAUUCUAUUGUUGUUAAAACCGAAACCGAACAAUCAGCAGAAGAAAAGGAAAAGGAAGAAUUUAAUAUACAUAUUGAGAUCUCUGGAGAAUGUCAAUUUGAAGAUCACAUGAGAAAUUUACCGAACAGAAAUCUGUAUUGUGUUAGGGGAACUUACUCAGUAGGAUAGAACCUAAGAAUGUGAAAUGGGUUGGCUAAUAUAUCAUUUACUGGAUCCAACAAUGAAAUUGUGUUCUCUUGUCUUAAAGGUCCAAUAUUAUAAUUCUUUUGUAUACCAUAGGUUAAGGUAUUAUAGAUUGUAGUCAUGUCUAUACUCAAAUAUAUGUACUUGAAAACAAACCAGAGGUGUACUUGAUAGAAAACCGGUGUUAAUGCGAUGGGUGUCAAUUUUAUAGAUAUUAAUUAUUUGGAAAAUAUGAGAGUAUUCUAAAGUAGAGAGAGAGCAGUGACGAUAUAUUUUUAUUUACAAGUUGUCUAAAUUUUGAAAAUAGAACAGGCCAAAG